GGAACAUGGAAAUGAUAUUUGAAGUUUUCAACUGUGUGGCAAGCUAAAAACGCAGGGAGAUACACUUCCAUGUCCAUUGCAUGUCGUCCCAGCUCCACCAACCUCUCGCUCGGAUUGAUCUUUCCCUCACUCUCCCUCUAUUUCCAUACCUUUCCUUUGGAUCCCGACCCCUGUCCAUCUCCAUCACAAGCAGGACCUCAAUGGAAUCACCUGCUUUCCUCCCUUGAGUGCGGACGGCUCUUGGAAUCCCUCACCAACUCUAAGUCCUUGCGCCAUGGCUUGCAGAUCCACGGCCACAUGGUCACCUCCGGCGUCCUCGUCCAUAAUACCUACCUCCGCACCAAGCUCUGUGCUAUGUACGCCGCCUGCGGCAGGGUCCGCCAAGCCCGCGCCAUCUUCGACGCCAUCGCCCGCCGGAGCACCUUCCUCUGGAACGUCAUGAUCCGUGGCUACGCCUUCUACGGUCAGCCUCUUCGAGCUCUCCUCUUGUACCGCCAGAUGCUGGGCUUUGGUCACCGUGCUGACAACUACACGUAUCCGUUCGUUCUCAUGGCGUGUGGCGAUCCUGACCUCAUCAAAGUUGGAAAAGGGAUACAUUCUCAGAUAGCUAUUUCCGGGUAUGCGGACGACGUCUUUGUGGCCAAUUCGCUUCUGUCCAUGUACUCCAAAUGUGGGCGUAUGAAAUGCGCCCAGAAGGUCUUCGACCGAAUGCCGGUUAAAGAUCUAACUACUUCGAAUACAAUGAUUUCGGGUUAUGCGAGAAAUAAUGAUCCAUUGAGCUCUCUCAUGCUCUUUUCUGAUACUUUAGCCAACAAAGACCAAUGGGAUGAGGCAUCUCUUCUGGGAGUACUGCCUGCCUGCGCAAAUUUGAUGGCAUUAAAGCAGGGAAGGGAGAUCCAUGCACACAUGCUCCGUAGUGGCUUGCGAUUAGAUGGUUUUUUGUGUAAUGCUCUCAUCGACUUGUAUUCUAAGUCCGAGUUCUUGAUAGGUGCACGUAGGUUGUUUGAUGCGAUGAGCAGUAGAGAUGCGAUCUCAUGGAACUCCAUUAUUUCUGGUUGUGCCCGUCAUGGAAAUGCUGCUGAAGGCUUGGCUCUUUUUUGCCAGAUGAACAUGGAGGGCGUACCUCCUGACACAAUAACACUUUUAGUGGUGCUCGGCGCAUGCAGUCGGAUGCUAGCCUUAACAUUUGGAAUGAGCCUUCAUGCUCAUAUCAUUCGAAGGGGACAUAGAAACAUGGUUUACGUUGGAACUGCACUCGUAAACUUAUAUGCCAAGUGUGGAAGUCUUGAGUCAUCUCGUCAAGUAUUUGAUGAAAUGCCAGUGAAAAAUCUUGUUUCCUGGAGCGCAAUGAUUUCAGGGUAUGGACUUCACGGAAGGGGGAAGGAGGCAGUUGCUUGCUUUAAUGAGAUGAAGGAACAUGGCAUUAGACCCGAUGAGGUUUCAUUCACUUCAAUUCUAUCAGCCUGCAGUCACACAGGACUAGUUAAUGAGGGUAAGGAGAUCUUCUACGAGAUGUCAAAGGUGUACUUCUUGAAACCUAAGGCUUACCACUAUUCUUGCAUCGUUGAUAUUCUUGGAAGGGCUGGAGAUUUGGAGGAUGCGUAUAGCUUCAUCAUAGACACUGACUUGGAUGCAAUGCUGAAUGCUGAUGUAUGGGAAGCACUGCUCUCUGCCUGCAAGAUUCAUCAUAAUGUUGAGCUUGCUGAGAUUGCAGCUCAAAACAUAAUCAACCUGAAACCCAAACACAUUGGUCCUUAUGUUAACAUCUCCAACAUGUAUGCCAUGGAGAAAAGGUGGACUGACGUUGAAAAGGUUAGAGCUUUGGCAGAAUUGAAUGGACUCAAGAAACAACCAGGUUACAGUUUUCUUGACUCAGACAUUGGAGUUAUUGGCUAUUAAAACCACGAUGCCAUACAAGCAUAAUAUGCGUUUUAAGAAAGUGGGGAAACAUAAUCUACACUGUGCUGGGUUUUCCCGCCCUUGAUUUUUUUGCCACAAGGAAAACAGAAAUCAAUGGACUAAUACAGACUAACUGUGGCUUGGUUGUCUCUUGAUGUCGUCAAAUUCUUUAUCCUUGAGGAUUCUCUCAUAAUGGACUCUUUUUGAAAUACCACAAUUUUAUGUUAUUUUCUAAUGAAAUUUAACUUUCUCGAAUAUGCUUUGGUCCAUAAUGAGUUGUUUUGAUAUUUCAUUUUGG